UGUUGUACCAGUGCAUACUCCCCUACUGACCUCACAAUCUCUUUCAUCUGCAACCAUGGCUUCCUCUCAAAUCUAUACAUUCUCCCUCUUCCUCCUCUUUCUACCCUCUCUCACUCUGUCCCAAAAACCAUCCCAAAUCAAUGCACUAGUCCUCCCAAUCACAAAACAUGCCCUAAAUCUCCAAUAUGUCACCAGUAUCAGUCAAAGAACGCCUCUCGUACUGAUAGACCUUGUUGUAGACCUUGGCAGCCCAUUUCUCUGGGUUAGUUGUGAUCCCUCAACCUAUAAUUCUUCCUCAUAUCGACCAACUCAGUGCAACUCAACUCAAUGCUCGAGUUACAAUCCUAAACCCAUUUGCAGCACCAACAAUACAUGCAUUCUCUUCUCUGAAAACGCUUUUACAAGCAAAGUCUCUGCUGGGAAUUUGAGCGAAGACGUUCUGAGUCUCCAAGCAACAGAUGGGUUAAACCCUGUAUCCAUGGUCACACUCCCCAACUUCCUCUUCUCUUGUGCACCUGAUUUUCUUUCACAAGGCCUAGCUAAAGGGGCUAAAGGAAUAGCUGGCCUUGGCUGGAGCCCAAUUGGGGUACCGACGCAGCUAGCCAGAGCAUUUAAACUCAGCCGGAAAUUCGCCAUUUGUCUUCCACCUUCAACAAACUCGUCUGGGGUUAUCUUUCUUGGAGAUGGGCCUUAUGUUUUACUUCCGGGUAUCGAUAUAUCUAAGAUACUUAUCUAUACUCCGCUUGUUGUAAACCCAAGAAUCAGUGCUUCAAGAACUUCUCAUAGUGAGCCUUUGCAUUCGGGUGAAUACCAUAUUGGAGUUAAAUCCAUCAGAGUAAAUGGGAAAAAAGUACCAUUGAAUUCAUCUUUAUUGAAGAUUGACAAAAGGGGCUUUGGAGGAACAAAGAUCAGCACUGUCAAUCCUUACACCACCUUAGAAACUUCAAUAUAUAAGUCUGUUACUUCAAUGAUUAUUAGAGAAACCAUGGCUGCAAAUGUUUCAAGAGUGGCAGCGGUAGCGCCAUUUAACGUUUGUUUUAGCACGCGAAACAAUAAUGUUGCUCUAACCAGACCGGCCAUGCCGGUUAUAGAUCUGAUGUUGCAGGAUGAUCUUGUGUUUUGGAGAAUAUUUGAGACUAAUUCAAUGGUGCCGAUGCGUGAUGAUAUUGUAUGCUUAGGGUUCUUGGAUGGAGGAAUGAAACCGAGGACAUCAAUUGUGAUUGGCGCUUAUCAAUUGGAGGACAAUUUUCUGCAGUUUGAUCUCAUAAGGUCGAGGUUAGGGUUUACUUCUUCACUGUUGUUGAGGCAGACGAGUUGUGCUAGUUUUAACUUUACAUCGGGUGUUUGACAAUAAACUGGCAAUUUCUGGUUAGUAUGUGUCAUCCUUGUUAUGCUAAUCUUGUUUGUAUCAUUCUAAUUUUUAUGGAAUGUUGCUAUAGAAAUGAUAUAUAAAAAAAAAACAAAAUUAUUUUGACAUAAUUUGAGAUUUAAUUUGAAGAUCUAAUAUAUUAUGAUAGUCGGAUUAGUAGUAAGUUGUAAC